UGAUGCGUUCAGGGCCCAUCCGGAAAGUUUCACCCGGACAUAAUUACCAGACGGACCUUGUCCCACCGUGAAAGGGCUCCGGCCAGAAAAGUGGGUUAAAGGUCGUGCAGGAACUGCACCGAGUCAUCUCUCCUGAAUAACCCGACGGCGGGUCCAGAAGUAAAAAUGUCCAAACAGCCGCAGCCGAUCAGCCCGCUGAAGAACUUCUUCGCGGGGGGGUUUGGAGGGGUUUGCCUGGUCUUCGCCGGACACCCGCUGGACACCAUUAAAGUCCGGUUACAGACUCAACCCAAACCCAAACCCGGAGAGAGCCUGCUGUACGCUGGGACCCUGGACUGCUUUAAAAAGACUCUAGCCAAAGAGGGCGUCAAAGGGCUCUACAAAGGAAUGGCAGCUCCAAUAAUCGGAGUCACCCCCAUGUUUGCCGUUUGUUUUUUUGGAUUCGGUUUGGGGAAGAAGCUCCAACAGAGAAGCCCCGACGACAUCCUCUCGUACCCACAGCUGUUCGCUGCAGGGAUGCUGUCGGGCGUGUUCACCACCGCCAUCAUGGCUCCCGGAGAGCGCAUCAAGUGUCUCCUGCAGAUCCAGGCCUCCACCGGGGAGGUGAAGUAUGCAGGACCGAUGGACUGUGUCAAACAGCUGUACAGAGAGUCUGGAAUCAGAGGAAUCUACAAAGGAACAGCUCUGACCCUCAUGAGAGACGUCCCGGCGAGUGGAAUGUACUUCAUGUCUUACGAGUGGCUCAAAAACCUCCUCACGCCGGCGGGAAAAAGGUGAGCUAAGUUUGAGAUCCCGGAGGGGCUGAAGGAGCUGCUGCAGGGCUACACGGUGGAGGUUCUUCGCCGCAGGCCUACAAACCUGGCCGAGUUUGCUGUGCAGCACUUCACGCAAGUUCUGGAGAGCCAAAGAAAUGAGCAGGCAGCGGAGAGCCAGACCACCGGGCCUGCAGAGGAAGAGGAGGAGGAGGACGCCUUUGAAACCGCCUCAAACCCCAGCAUCAGUGACGACGAUGAAGAUGAAGAAGAGGAGAGAAGCAUCGUUAAGGCCUCCGCUGACAGAUGCAGCCGCAGGGUUGCAGUUUGUGCAGAAGCCUACAACCCUGAUGAAGAUGAGGACAAUGACACGGAGCCUCAGGUCGUGCAUCCCAAAACAGACGAGCAGCGCAAGCGUCUGCAGGACGCAUGCAAAGACAUCCUGAUCUUUAAAACUCUGGCAAAGGAGCAGUUCUCUGAAGUGUUGGACGCCAUGUUUGAGGUUCUGGUCAAACCGGAGGAGCACAUCAUCGAUCAGGGAGACGAUGGAGAUAACUUCUACGUCAUUGAGAAGGGCGUGUUUGACAUUUAUGUGCAGAAGGACGGGGCGAACAUCUGUGUUGGGAAAUACAACAACAAGGGGAGUUUUGGCGAGCUGGCUCUCAUGUACAACACGCCACGCGCUGCAACCAUCGUGGCGAAGCAGGACGGCGCCCUGUGGGCUCUGGACCGAGCCACCUUCCACCGACUGAUUGUGAAGAACAACGCGAAGAAGAGGAGGAUGUACGAGGCCUUCAUCGAGUGCGUUCCUCUCCUGAAGUCUCUUGAGCUGUCAGAGAGGAUGAAGAUCGUUGAUGUGUUGGGAGUACGGACGUUCAACGAUGGGGAACGCAUCAUUACUCAGGGAGACAAAGCUGACUGUUUCUUCAUCGUGGAAUCAGGAGAGGUGAAGAUCAUGAUCAAAUCCAAAAAGGCCGGCCAGCUGGACGGCGUGGAGAUAGAGGUGGCUCGCUGCUCCAGAGGACAAUACUUUGGAGAGCUGGCCCUGGUGACCAACAAACCCCGUGCGGCGUCCGUCUACGCCGUCGGAGACACCAAAUGUUUGGUAAUCGACAUCCAGGCUUUUGAGCGUUUGUUGGGGCCGUGCAUGGACAUCAUGAAGAGGAACAUCUCUCAGUACAAAGACCAGCUGAUGGCGCUGUUCGGAGACAUUGAGUAGAAACGCCAUCUAAUUAUUUUUAAUCCACGCUAGACUAACAUUUUCUUCCUGUAUGAAAAUGCAACAAUAUUAUAUUUUUCUGUAACUUUGCAGAAUAAGUCCAUUGAAAUUAUGUUAAAAAAUAUAACACUGAGAAUAUGGAAAAUGCUGAAGAUUCAAAAACAAAAACUGUUGAAACGAAUGUCAUGCAGCAAAUUCCCAACAGUUCUGAAAAACUUCAAAGGGAAAUGCAUCGUUUUUAAAAUAAAUUCAUAAAGAUUUUGUGUUGUGGUAAAAUUAAGAUCUCAGAAAAGAAUAAAACAGGUACUAUAGUUUUUCCAUUAGAAACCACUGUACCACACAAACAACAAUAAAUUGACUUUUGUAAUAGAAUAAUACAUUUGUGAACUGAAUUGCUAAAAAUAAAUGUACAGAAAAGGAUUAUUUACCAUGUUCAAGUUUUUUGCAGUUUCUUUAUUUGAGUUACAAAAUAUGAAGUGCCAUCAGCAGACUCCUUCUUGAGUUACAAGUAUUUACACCCAAAAAUUAAAGGAUCCAUCUAAAUUCCAACUCUGCAUUCUUAUAUCCCACAGUUAAAGUCUCUGUUAAGUUGUACAAGUUCCAUUGAUGUUUAAAUAUUUAAAAUAUUUACAAAGUCCCGUAUUCAAAAUCUCCCAAAUGGUGCUGAAGGCGGAUGACGACGGUGGCAGCGGCAGUAGUGCGAGGAAAGGUGGUGGGGUUGAGUGGUACUCGACGGGGGACUCAUGAUUUACACGUCAAUUCUUCCUCCGAGAAAGAAAGCCGAGGUGAGGAAGUCUGUACAGAACCAUUUAAAAAUCUCAAAGUGAAAUGUCUGGAGCCGUCGUAAAACGACAGCUCCUCCAAAUUAACAUUACGAUCACAUAAAAAACAAAAAGAGAAAUAUGAUGGGCCACAAUGUUUUGCUCAGACGUUUGAUUUUGUCUUGGGAGCAUUUCCAUACACAAAAAUAAAACUUCAAUAAAUAAAAAAUACAGCAGAAAAUGGUCAAGUAAGACUCAUUCUGGUUUGUUCCAUCCCUGAGUUUUUUUGAGAAGGACAAAUAUACCAGACAGGAGUAACAAAAAAAAAAAAAA